UGUGAAACCCCGUUUCUGAAAACUGCUUAGCGAGAAAGGGAAAGCAGAAACCGCAGAGGAGAAACCUCCGAAAGAAACCACAUUUGAAAACAGAAACCUAAUAGAUUGAUUGCAUUCUGAAAGAAAAAAAAAACGGAAAUAAAUAAACGAAUUGUUUGUUAUCAGUGUAAACAGUGCGAAGAAGGAGAGUAGACCAAGAGAUUGAGAUAGAGAAACAAGGUGGAAAGAAAAAAAAAAAAAAAGAGGAUAAAAAAGGAGAAGGAAUUAUAAUAAAAAUAGCAACACUAAUAAUAAUAAUAAUAAUCUCCUACUACUUCGUCCAUUUCACAAUGCCAGCCGGUUUCCAUGGAAACGCUCCAACGACCAAGAACGAUCGUUUUGGGGGCAAAAUAGAAGAUCGUAUGACGUAAGACCCGCCCACCGACGCCGUGCCUAGCGAUCCACUUCUGCGUCUGAUAAUUCCUUCGUGCCUCUCCAGUCCCGUCGAGAGAGUCUCCAUUUAACGCCAGUAGUGCGGAUGAUUCGGCGACUGGUGGUGAAGAUUAGGUGUUGCCCCCUGGUGUUGAAGGUCGUAGGCUGUAGGAAGGGAGGAAGGGGUGACUAACCCAAAUCGUGCAACUUGGCAGCCAUGAAUCACCAUCUAGGGCCUCCCCCAGGCAUGCAGAGAUGUUUCCCAAGGCCGUUCAUGGAGAACCUGCGUCCACUGCAAUUCCGCGCACCGGAUGAGCCAAGCAGCCUGGUUGGUGGCUUAAGGAUUGGCCCUCGUGACGUAGCGCCACCGUAUUGGCCGCCGCUACCUCUCGCGCCUCCCACCAUGCAUCCUCCGCCAAUGGGCGCGCACCCUAACGCAAUGGCUCAGGAUGAAGAAACUGACUGCUUUAUGCUAGGAGAAAAGCUGUUGAAGAAACCGAAACGGAUCAGAACCCGUGUAGACGCCGGAGAGCCAAGGAACUCUUACUCGGCCUUCAGUAGUUUACCCAACUUGUGUGGUGUCAGUGUAAAUGCAGUCAGGCCGGGUAGUGCUCCAAAUCUCUUCAGUGGGAGUCAGUCUUUUUGUGGAGGACUACCGUUUGUGAACUAUUUCAACCCCCCACCGAGUGUCACGGUGGGAUCUCGCGGUAUGCUAAGUGAGUUAUUUGGCGGCCACACCAAACCCCCCCCUGUGGCACCUUGCCCUCCCGAAGACACUGUGGCGGCCACCAUGGGCGUGUUGGACAAGGUGGUGACCAGCUCGAACGUGCAUAGUGCCGCCGAUGCUGUGAAUUCUGUCAUACGGGGACCUGAGCCAGAAAACGUUCUGUUGCGUGAAAUCCUCCAAGGGCGCAAGCGGGAUUUUACCAUGGAGGAGAUCGAAGCCGCUCGCUCGUUACACAAUAAUAAUAAUAGUUAUAAAGGUGCGACGGACAGUGUCGAGGGGCCUAACGACGAGGCCACCACGGGGCGAGACGAGAGUGUGUCCGCAGAGGAUACUCGCUGUGAAUCCGAAGUGGAAGAGACCCUUAGUCAAAAUAGCCCACGCACGGACUCGCCGGAGCCCAGGAAACGUUUGGAAAAUAUUGUGAGUGUGAUCCGUUCCUCGCCCACCCCAAAUAGUACGCCCGUGAAUGGUUGUAAAAAGCGUAAGUUGUAUUUACCGCAGCAGCACGAAACGCGGACGAACUUUGACUCCCCUUCGGAGGAAGGCGAGUCGGCCGCAGAGCCCGACAACAAGACGAGAAGGUUGGAAGAAGACGACGAGCCCACGAGCGAGUCUCGUCUGCCUGAAGCAGGCGAGGAAGGGGGCGGCCUCCAGAUCGACCUGAGCGUCCGACGCCGAUCCCCAGAACCUCAGCGUGCCACAGCAGCAGCAGCCUCACCAAAACCUCCUACCUCUACUUCCUCAGAUUCUAACGAUGCCUCUUCCUACCUCUUGGACUACGCCCAGCGGCUAAUACGUAAUCAGGAGGCGAGAUUGCAGAGGGAAAACGACCUGAAAAACACGACGGACCUCUCUGAAAAGUUGCAGAUCCUCCGUAACUUAAAUCUCAAUUCUCAGGUGACAGACCUCGAAGGUCUGGCGGACGUCUUGAAGACCGAAAUCACAGCCUCCUUGGCAGUCAUCAUCGACACCAUCGUCAACAAGUAUGUCCAGCAGCGGAAGCUGAUCAACAAACAGGCGGAAGUGGCCGCCGAGCAGCUCAACAGGGACAUAGCAUCUCAGCUGAUGGAGAGAUCGCGAUCGCCGCGCUCCAACAAGAUGCUCGAGAGAGGACCUCCUGGCAUGGGAAGACUCAAUGGCAUGCCCGCCCCACAUGGACCUCUCAACCUGUCUCCCUACCCUGGUGGCGAAAACAACAUCAAUAGCCUCAGCCUCCCACAACUCAGGCCCCCUCUCUACAAGCCCCCUCAUGGUUUCUUCCCCGGUAAUCUUCCCCCUAUGGGGGCAAUGGUUCCCUCCGGUCAAACUUCCCCCUACGGAGGAAUGGAGCCCGAACAGGACGAGGCCCUGCCUCUGGUGGUCACGCCCAAGAAGAAGCGCCAUAAGGUGACGGACUCCAGGCUUACGCCACGCACAGUGGGUCGCCUGCUGGAAGACUUCCCUCGCUACGGCCCCUUGCAAGGGAUGGGUGGGCAGACCUCCCCGCGGAGUUCGCCUCCCCCUCCUCCAGUGCAUCAUAAUCCACACCGACCUACCUCUUUCCCCCAGCCACCCCCGCUCUUGCCAGUCUCUUUACCUACCUCGGUAGCCAUACCCAACCCGUCAUUACACGACACCAGUUUGCUCUACCCCACCUACUACCCUCAUAGGGCAUCAUCUCCGAUAGACGGACGCCGUGAGGAAUCCCCCGCAGGUCCUCCGGGCCCACCACAUCCUGCACUUCUACACCCAGCGUUGCUCGCAGCCUCCUCUCCGGAUUCCUUCUCCAGGUUCUUACACGGGCCAGAUCACGAUCGUGGCUCGGACUGCUCACCUGCAGAUACACAUUACGACGGCGUCCAACCUACCAUAUCCUUUCACGCAACCGAACAUCACGCCAUGGUUGAGAGGGACAUGGGAGGACCAAACCCGUUCGUCUUCUUCUGUAGUGAAAGAACAGCUGGCUUAGGCACUCAAGUCCUGGAUACCUCUUACUCCAGCACACUGACACCGAUGCACCUGCGCAAGGCCAAGCUUAUGUUCUUCUAUGUAAGAUAUCCGUCGUCUUCGGUGCUGAAAACUUAUUUCCCCGACAUUAAAUUCAACAAAAAUAACACGGCGCAACUCGUCAAGUGGUUCUCCAAUUUUCGGGAGUUCUACUAUAUCCAGAUGGAGAAGUAUGCAAGGCAAGCUCUCAGCGAAGGCGUCAAGAACUGCGAAGAUAUUUUAGUGAACUCCGAUGCGGAGAUCAUGAGAGCACUUAAUUUACACUACAACAGAAAUAACCACCUUGAGAUCCCCGAACACUUCAGGUACGUCGUGGAACAGACGCUAAAGGAGUUCUUCAAGGCGAUCCAGGAGCAGAAGGACGCCGAGUCCUCCUGGAAGAAGGCCAUUUACAAGGUCAUCGCCAGGCUAGACGAACCCGUGCCCGAGUACUUCAAGUCUCCGACGUUUCUAGAGCAGUUAGAGUAGCGGUGAGCGAAGAGCCCAGUGGAUAGCCCGGCGGCGCCACCUGGGCGGCCACGUUAAUAGCUGCAGGUGAAAGUUUUAUGGAACAAAACAAAAUAUAUACCCCCGUUCUGCCACUGCCACGUGGUUGGGUUGGGAGUCCUCUCUGCCGCACAUGCGCGCGUCGUAGAAGAAGAAUUUUGUUCUUAGGUUCUUGUUAAUACCCAGUGACUGAGUGUGUGGCCGACGGCUGGACCAUUUUAUUAAAACGAGGAAGACAUGUUGGAAGAAAAGGCUAUGACGAAGAAACGCGAUGUUGAUGAUGAUGAUGAUGAUGAUGAUGGAGGAACACUUAUGACAUGAAAAGAGAAAAAAAUGGGCAUUCAUUUUUUUAUUAUUAUCAUGAUACAAAUAUUAAAGGUGCAUGUCUCACAUUUUGUCCAAAUGUUAUUAUAAAUAAGAAAUAGCCUUUGAUUUAUAUAUUGAGACAAAGCAUUCGUGCCUUUUCAUGCCUUCCAUUAACAAUGACGAGAGAAAGAACACUUUCCAGCCCAUUGUACCCGAUUUUGUAUAUAGUUUUUUCUCCAUUUUUUCCCCGUCUCGGUUUUAAUUUUAUUUUAUUUUUUUUUUUUCAUUUUUUUAUUUUUUUUUUCUCCCUUAAGUUGGCUCUGUCUCUCCCCACCCCACCCACCGAACGAGAAGAAAGAAAAUGAUAAUUCAUAGUGAACUCGCGGCCAUUUAAGCCCCCUCACCCCCCCCCCGCCCCCCCCCCU